UUCUCGCUGACAGUCGCUGUCAUUCGUCCACGGUCGGUUUCAGGAGAGAGGGCAGCCAAGGAAGCACACAGCAAUCGGCUAGCUCUGGAGUAAAGACAGUUAGCGACGAAAUAAUCCUGAAAAUCAAACAAAAAAUGAAACCGAUCGAAUAAGGCUUGUGAAAUAACCGCGAUCGAAUAGAUUUCAGUCGUUGCCACGUUAGCAGAGCUCGUUGAUUACAUAGUUCAGAUUAGAGGCAGCAGAUAGAGAGCUGUGUCAUUGAGCAGGCAGGACACGUCAGGAGAAGGGAGAAAAAAAAGCUGACCGACUGCACUGUACGAGUCGGCUAUCAAAAAAAAAAAGCUUUGCCCGACGCACUCGUUUUUUUUCCAAGGACAUAUCUUUGCUUUUCAAACCGAGGAAAGGAUCCCGACAAAGACGUCUCCGAGCUCGAAGGUGGUGAUCAGAAGGACAAACGAUCACGGGAUAGCUUUUGUGCGUGUGGGGGGGAGAAAACAAAUGGGGGAUUACGGGUUCGGAGUCCUAGUUCAAAACAACACUGGCAACAAGUCUGCAUUCCCAGUUCGAAUCCACCCGCAUCUGCAGCCCCCACACCACCACCAAAAUGUGUCGCAGAGCCCUGCUGCUUUCCUAAACAGCACCACAGCCGCGGGGAAUGGCACCACGGGAGGCUCUCCCUGGCUCUUCCCCGCCUCAGCCACCCACAACAGCGUGCAAGACGAAAUCCUGGGGGGCCCAGAGAAACCCAAAGCACAGCAGCAACAGGAAAUGCAAGAAACGCAAGAAAAGCAGCAGCAGUUGUCCCCUGGGAGUCACCAGGAGGGUGGGGGUGGGAUCAUUUCAGAACUGGAAAAAGCCCGGUCAGAUGACGCCAAGACGGACAACGGCACGUCCGAAGGGAGUAACGGGAAGGAGAAGCAGUUGCGUCUCGAGUCUCCGGUCUUGACGGGCUUCGAUUACCACGAGACGUCUGGUCUCGGGGGAACCGGCCCGGUCCAGUCCAGCACAACCUCGUCAUCACUUACUGGCUUCAACAACUGGUCGGCCGCCAUCCCGCCGGCACCGUCAACCAUCAUCAACGAGGACGUGAGCUUCUUCAACCCGGCGUCUGCCAACAACGGGGCCCUGCUGUUCCCGAACUUCUCUCACCACGUCAGCCCGGGGUUCGGCGGGAACUUCUCGCCCCAGAUCGGACCAGCGGCGGCCCUGUCCCAGCACCACGCCGCUCCCCCGCCACACCCUCACUUCCAACACCCCCACAACCAACACCAGCAGCACCGGCGCUCCCCGGCCUCUCCACACCCUCCACCGCCCUUUCCUCACAGGAAUGCGGCUUUCAACCAGUUGCCACAUUUGUCCAACAGCCUGAACAAGCCCCCGUCCCCCUGGGGUCCGGCCAGUUACCACAGCACCUCUCCCUCCCCCGGCUCCUCCACCUCCUGGAGUCCUGGCGGAGGCUAUGGUAGUGGCAGCGGCAGCUGGGGAGGGUCUCAGGGCAGAGACUAUCGCAGAGGGCUGAAUGGCGGGAUGACCCCCAUCAACUCCAUCUCUCCCCUGAAGAAGACCUUUCCCAACAACCACGUGGCGUCCCAGAAGUACCCUCGAAACAGUCCCGCGGCUUUCAACCCCAAGUCCUGGAUGGACGAUGGAGUCGGCCGCAGUGAUAACAUCUUCCCCUUUCAGGAGCGCACCAGGUCAUUUGACAGCUUCAACAUGAACACGCUGGAGAGCUCCCUCAUCGACAUCAUGAGGGCGGAGCAGGACACCCUGAAAGGUCGUCUGGGAUUCCCCCAUCCAGGAGUAGACAACCCUUUACCCCUCAAUGCCAGGAAUUAUAGCAGGAGACGAGGCCACUCCUCUCUCUUCCCAAUGGAGGAUGGUUUCCCUGACGACGACCGCGGCGAACAGGGUCUCGCAGGCCUGGGCUCUCCACACUGCUUUCCACACCAGAAUGGAGAGCGUGUCGAACGUUACUCACGCAAGGUCUUCGUGGGAGGACUGCCCCCGGACAUCGAUGAAGAUGAGAUAACCGCCAGUUUCCGGCGUUUUGGACACCUGUUUGUGGACUGGCCUCACAAAGCGGAGAGCAAGUCCUACUUUCCACCCAAAGGCUACGCCUUCCUGCUCUUCCAGGAUGAGAGCUCAGUGCAGGCUUUGAUUGAUGCCUGCAUCGAAGAGGACGGCAAGCUGUACCUCUGUGUGUCCAGCCCCACCAUCAAGGACAAGCCGGUCCAGAUCCGCCCGUGGAACCUGAACGACAGUGACUUUGUGAUGGAUGGAUCUCAGCCUCUGGACCCGAGGAAAACCAUCUUUGUGGGAGGUGUCCCUCGUCCGCUCCGUGCAGUGGAGCUGGCCAUGAUCAUGGACCGUCUGUAUGGGGGUGUUUGCUACGCUGGCAUCGACACAGACCCCGAGCUGAAGUACCCCAAGGGAGCAGGGCGGGUCGCCUUCUCUAAUCAGCAGAGCUACAUUGCUGCUAUCAGUGCUCGCUUUGUACAGCUGCAGCACGGCGAAAUCGAUAAACGGGUGGAAGUGAAGCCAUACGUGCUGGACGACCAGCUGUGCGACGAGUGCCAGGGGACUCGCUGCGGCGGGAAGUUCGCGCCGUUCUUCUGCGCCAACGUCACCUGUCUGCAGUACUACUGCGAGUACUGCUGGGCGGCGAUCCACUCGCGCGCCGGCCGUGAGUUCCACAAGCCCCUGGUGAAGGAGGGGGGCGACCGGCCCCGCCACAUCUCCUUCCGCUGGAACUGAGCGGGCGACAGCGGGGGAGGCAGCAGGAGGGCAGGUAGUGCAGGAGGCGCAAGUCGUUGUACAAAUAAAUGCACUUUUCUGUUGCUGGUUCCUUUCUGUUCCAAUUUCACUGAACCUUUUUCCUAAUUUUUUUUAAGUUAAUAUAUAUCUAUAUUUUGAAGAUAGAAAAGAAAAACUGGAAUUAUAUCCAAAUAUGUCCAGCAAGGAAAAAAGAUGUGUAACAUAAUUUUAUUUAUGCGUUUGAUUUUUUAAAAGUAUUUUUAUUAGUUCUCAAAAAAAUACAUAUAUAGGAAGUUUGAAGUUUGAUAUGGUACUCUGCUAUUCAAUUGGCAAUUUUUUUCUAAACUAUGUAUUUGAUUUUAAUUUUGAUACGAGAGGCCCCAAACCAAUACACUUCUUUUGACAUUUGAUUGACUUCUUUUGUAGCAGAGCUGUUGCUUGUUUUGUGAGUCUCCAGAGGCUAUUUAUUUCUGAGAUGUGUGAUAAAGUUCUGUAUUCAUACAAGAGGCUCCAGAACAAAUGUGGAUUGAAAAAAGGUGUUGCUAAAGAAGAGUGCACUUAUUUCCAAUUGUAAAGAGUGCAGAUACGCUAUAUGAGACCCUUAGUAGUUAACCAAAGCUGAAUCUUGAAUUAACUUUGAAAAACAGAAGGGGCCCACUGCAGAAUGAAAUUAUUAUUUUCCCUCCCAUAUCAAAAUGUUUCAACCUUUCUUUUUAUGAGUUCCAACAUCAUUUUGAUGUUACUUGAAAAUCGCAACAAAAUUUUAGCAACACAUAUUUGGGUUCCGAUCUCCAUUUUGACAUGCAAAAACUAAUACCUCAAACUCCGCUGCUAACGUGCCGAAUACAGUUAAAAAGAAAGGAAAAAAAAAAAAAAAGCACGAAAGAUAAAGCAUUAUUACCUGCUUGUGUUCUCCUUUCCUUUUAGAACUAUAAUCAAAGGGAAGUGAUGCAACAGGCAGAGCGUGAUGUGACUGGCAACGUUUUGUACUCGCUUGCUUCAUCACCUCCUUAUUUUUAUAUUCAAACCCAGGGUUGUGCUAGGGGCCGAAGCAGAGCGCCACGCAGUGUGUCAGGGGAAUGUAUGGUACAGGGCGGCUACACACAGGCCUACUGGUAGAGACACAAGUCCGAGCCCAAACUCCCCCCACACCCCCCACCCCCCCCCCCCCAACCCCACUCCUCCUCCUCAUGUCCGCCUGCGACCUCCGCUGCUAGCUAGCAGCUAAUAAAGGGGCGGGCCUCACGGAUCUAACCCCCGUGCUUCUGUGUCUGUAGGGGAUUAGAUCCAGAUCUUUCAGGACUGCAGUUAUGGUAACGCCUAGAGAGAAGGCUGCUUAGUGGCCAUCUUUGUUGCAGUUUCUAGCGGGGGCUACCGCUUAGCAGGAAAUGCCUGUCCCUUUUUGUUAGUUUUUAAUUGUGCUUUUUUUUUACGCUUUUGUGCAAUUCUCCCCAGUCUUUAAUGGAAAAGUUCUACUUUGCAUCUGAGAGUCGGCUACAUUUAAAGAAAGAAGCUAUUGACAGUCCGUCUGAUCUCCUGAUCGUCACGGCGGGGGGGGGGGGGGGGGGGGGGGCGGCGCCCUUUUGGCGCAACCUUCAUCCGUUCUGCGGCUAAGCUAAUCCUACUCAGCAUCCAGUGUUUUUGAAGCAUAAAUGAAGAUAGUCUCUGCAGUGUGCUCUACUACUACACACUUGUGACCCACAUGCAGUUUGCUCUUGCUAACAGUCGGUUGUGCCCCGUGGUUUUUUGGGAACCAAAGAUGGCUGUGCGGUAGUGGGUCAUACUGUAGCUCAUUUCUUAUUUAGGUCUUUAUUCUGAUUAUCUUUUCAUUUCUUUUAAGGAUGUUUUCUCAUUUAUAUUUUUUCAAUUCAGUCACUACUACCCAGUUUUGCUCAACUGUCAAGCCCAGCAAACCAAAGAUUGGCCUUGAACAUAAUAUAUAUAUAUAUUUGACCGUGCAGUCAAGACACAUUAGAACACAUUUUAAAAGAAACACAGGGCUUCUAAACACGUGCACACACACACACACGCGCGCACACACACUAACACACAAGGCCUCAUAACUCAAUAUGAAGGUGCAUGCUGGUAGGCACAGUGCUUUUUAUCGCAAAUAGGCCUGUGGAAAGUUUAACAAAGUGCACAUUCACACAGCAGAAGUAAAACUAAUCCUUACAUUUGUUUGACUAGCCGAGAAUUUAAAUAUGUCAGGGAGUUAGUGCAGAAACUUGAUAAUACACACUAGUGAGAUACAUAUCCUCAUCUUGCCGUUGUUGCACCAGUUUUGCACUCUGGACAUUAGUUUUUGAGGUUGUGAUCGGUGAGCAUUUUAAAAGUUAAAACACUUUGUGAAGAAUUUGCUGUCAAAUGAGUCAAAAAAAAAAAUUAUUUUAUACAUGGCCUGCUGAUUUUUGGUACAGUGUUUUCUAGCUAAAUUAUUUUGUCAUGCACAUAUAAACAUUUAUUAUGCACUACUUUUCUAAAUAUUUUUUCUUUUUCCAACAGUCAUUUUAGGCACAUUUUUCACAAAUGGGGAAACUCCUUUUUGCAAUACCUCAAUUUUUCACAUUGUGAAAGGUAGCUUUUGUACUUUUGUUACUGAGAGAUCUGCAUAUACAGAAAUGUUCAUUUUACGAAAAAAAGUUGGGUGAUUUCAAUAUAUAUUAUUUUCAAUUAUGCUUUUUAUACAUUUCAGUGCUGAGGAAACUUUACAACUAAGUGCGUACUUCUGUUGAUGCGGCUUCAGAUCUGCAGAGAAGAGACCAAAGUGUAUUGCUCUCUUGGUCUUAGCUUUUUGUACACUAGAUAAUUCCAGUCAAUCUGAUCGAUUACAGCAUGGCGAGAAUAAUAAAAAAAAAACAAAAAAACAGUUGUAAUUUGAAAUUGAUGUUAAUGUCUCUAAACAUGGCUAUACUAGUUGGACAAUGGCAACUUCUGUCUUGGUUUCCUCUCCAUAGAUGGAUUAUAACUUAAUAUAAGGAGAAUGCAAAAUUUGGUUCACGCUUAACGCUGAAUCUCGUAUCACAAGAAUGGAUGUUUGGUGUUUAGAUAUUUUAAUAUUUAAAAAAAAAAAGUAUAUAUAUAUAUUCUUGAACUUGCCAACUAGCACCUAUCGUAAUCCUUAGCAUGCAUGACAAAAAAAGAGAAAAUGACAAGUACAUGAAUUAGCUAUUAAAAUUAAUUGUUGUGGUGUGCACCAAAUGUUUCUCAACUGUUAAGUUGUUAAGGACACCCCAAACCCGCUCUGACAUCACCCCCCCCCCCCCCCCCCCCCACACCCUCCCCCUCCCCACGGGUUGAUCUCCUCGAUUCCCCAUUUGCAGACGUCCGCAGGAUGUAUGUGACAGAAAUAAGACGAGAAACAAGGCAAAACGUAACUUACAAUCCAUUCGGCAGUGCGGGACUUUGAGCAUCCUUCUAGAAACACUGUUUUUGAAUGACUUGAGAACUCAUUCCCGCUGUCUGGGGUGAUCUUAUAUAGACCUAUCUGGAGGAAGGGGAGCUUAAAGACUUGAAUGUGGUAAAUGUUGCAAGUUAACUUCAAGUUGUUAUGUGCAAUACUUCUUUUGAACCUUUUUCCAGAUAAAGACUCUUUGCAAUGUAAUUCUUUAAUGCCAUUUUUAAUUGCAGACAUUUAAUUAAAGAAGAUGUUAAUAUGUUUUUCACAGUCAUUUUCUACUGUUAUUGUAAUCCUUUUCAUGCUGGUGUUUGUAAAAAAAAAAAAAGAAAAGAAAUCAAACUAUUUGUACUAAUAUAAAUAAUUGAAGUUAUUUUUAAAACAUUAAAGGUUUUGUGCUCAUUUGCUUUGUUUAUUUUAAGCUACUGUGAUUGAUUGCAUUGUAAUUAUUAGGUCAACAAUGUAUUUAGCCGUUUAUUGGUAUAUUUUUAAUUGGAAUGUAUAAUUGAUUUUUAUAAUUUUGAUCAGAUUUUUGUUAUAUUUUUGAGGUGAAGCUUUUAAUAUGUUAAAGUGUCUAGUUUUUACUAAUUGCUAUAUUGUGCUCCACAAUAUAUGGUUCACAUUUUCUGAAGGAAAAUAAAUAUUUAAAUAUUUGUCUGUUAAUGUUACUUAAUGGCAAGAUUUCAAUAGUUUUUAACUGUAUGGGAAGGUUGUUGUAUUUAUUAAUAGCAUUUUUUACUUAAGAUAUCACCUUAAUUUUUAUUGUCAUUUCACUUUAUAAGUUCCUAUUUUUGUAUUUUCCUUUCUAAUUAAGUUAUGUAAUACGGAUAUGUCCAUAUUUCUAGGAGUUGGUCUGUAGAAGUGCUAGUGAAACGAAAAAGAAAAAUCUAAUGUUAUUUAAUUGUUUGCAGCCAACUAUUUAUAACAGUAUGCAUAAUUUUUAAAUAUUUGUAAUGUGAAAUGUUGAAUGAAAUAAAUCUUAACUGUGAUGAAAA